AUGCCAAGUAGUGCGACAAAAAUUUGUAAAAUUUACGAAAAAGCUAUAGACAUACUGGGAAUCUGUAAGUGUUCACUUGCAGUUAAAAGGCCAGAAUGCUUCCCAAAUCGCUGACAGUGCUAACAAAUCGAGGUAUACAGUUCGAGAUAUUAAAUUGUACAAAACAAAGGGAUCUGUUGCUCAAAAGCUCAGAACUGGAAGUCGGCCGCGUUAUUCCAAUACCAACUCAAGAGCCCUAAAAUGCAUUAUCAAGGAAAAUCGGCGUGCUAAUUAUAACGAAUUGAAAACAUGGAAUCGGGCAACCCCAAAAAAGUUUGCAAGAGCAACUUAUCACAGAGCUGCCCAAAAACUGGGUUUUAAAACUUACAAGGUAGGCUUAGGUUAUUUGUUUUUAAUUCAGCAUUUCUAGGCAAAAGAGAACGACAACGAUUCAGAAGAAAAAUAGACUAGCGUGUGUCAAAGAACACAAAUUAUGGUCUCCAAACCAAUGGAACUCCAUUAUUUGGAGUGACCAAGCCAGAUUUGAAGUAUGCGAUGGUGAUAGUAGAAGUCGUGUGAUAAGAACUAAACAAAAAGUGUUUCAGAAUGACUGUCUUGAAAAAAGUGCGAAGUUUCCGGCUUCUGUUAUGAUUUGGGGAUCCAUGUCGGCAAGUGGAAUGGAAAACUUACACUUUAUGGAAAGUACUAUGAAUGCUGAUAAGUACAUUAAUGUGCUUCAAAAUAAGUUGAUGCCCAAAAUUGAACAAAUUUGUUUUGAUUGUAUACUAAGUGACAUAUACAUCCGAACACCCAGUUUAAAUGGUUUUAUUUUAAUAAAAGUUGGUGAAUGUAUUAAUCUUACUGUAAAUAACAAGUGAAAAAAUUUUCAGCCUUAUCAGUUGGACAUUCCGGUUUUUAUACUGCUUUUUUUUUAAUUCACUAACGCUCUAAAAAUGAAUAUUUCAGCCGCAGUAAAGAAUCAACGUUGGCGGAUUUUGGUUCUUGACAUCCUUUACGAUCGGUUACGAUGCCUAGAGUACGGAGACCUGUACGAUUUCGUCAACUUUGUGAGUUUGAUAGGGGCCGUAUAGUGGGACUUCGGGAAGCUGGACUUUCUUUUCGGGCAGUUGCAGUUAGAGUGCAAAUAAGUGUAGACACUGUGGUUAGGUGUUGUCAGGCAUGGCUUCGAGAAGGCCCGUUUCUCCACUACCAGGUCCAUUGCAAAUGAAUGGUUUGCAGAACACGGAAGACCUAUUGGCAUGCGAAGUGUUUACCGACGAAUGAGAAGUUUUGGCUUGUUUUCAUACCGGCCACACUGGGUCCUCCCUUUAACUCGAGAACACCGACGUAAUCGCCGUGAGUGGUGCAGACAACGGUCACUCUGGAAUCAGGAAUAGAACAGUAUUGCCUUUAGUGACGAGUCUCGAUUUUGUUUAGGCAUGCACGAUGGUCGGGCAAGGGUUAGAAGUCGACGUGGUGAAAGGAGGAAUCCACAGUUUUUUGUUGAAAGACAUGUUCAUCACACUGUUGGAGUUAUGGUUUGGAGUGCUACAGCUUAUGGUUCCAGGUCACCUUCAAUCUUCAUCAGAGGUAACAUGAACGCGCAGCGUUAUAUCCACGAAGUUCUAGAACCCCAUCUUUUACCCUAUCUUGACACCCUGGCAGAUCCAACUUUCCAACAAGAUAAUGCCCGACCACAUGUUGCAAGAGUCACAAUAGACUUCUUUCAACAUAAUGAUGUCACAUUGUUACCAUGGCCACCAAGAUCUCCCGACUUAUCCCCAAUUGAGCACGUGUGGGAUAUGAUGGGUAGGAGAUUGCUCAAUUUGCAACGUCCUCCUCAGACUCUAGAAGCACUUCGAGAGGAGUUGGUGGUUGCCUGGAAUGAGAUACCACAGGAGGACAUUGACCACCUGAUCAGAAGCAUGCCUAGGCGCGUUGGAGAAUGCGUAGCACAUCAGGGUGCAUCCACACAUUUUUAAAGGUCAAAGGGCUUUAAAGCAGUGCAAUCAUUUUGAAAUUUUUAUCGUUUACUUGUUAUGCUUCAUUAAGUACUUAUACAAAAUUUUAUUAAAAUAAAACCAUUUAAACUGGGUGUUCGGAUUUAUAUGUCACUUAGUAUAUCUUCCAACAAGGUGGUGCCGCUUGCUCUACGUCUAGAAAAGUAAAAGAUUGGAUGAU